CCCCGGGACACUCCGGAGCCGAAUUCCCACGCAUCAUUUAUCCCCUCGUGACAAGUGCCGAUACAACCCCUUCCACGCUCCUGUAAGAUGUCGUUGAAACGAGCCAUCCAAGACGAGGUGACUGACCGGGAAGUUAUAUUGAGAGCAUCGGCAAUACGGGGCGUACAAAUUGCCUCACUUGUCGCUCCCAUUGGAUACAUAAUCUACUCCAUCCGAAGCCCCCAGACGCUACUAACCGCGAAUAGGAUUCUACGAGCUACGUGGGUUAGCAGUGGUGUGGGUGGUGCUGUUGGUGCUGCGUCUGGAUUCUAUCAGGGAACACAGAGUCCCACUGCGCUUCGGGAACAUCAGCAACAGUUGACCUACGAUGUCAAUCGCAUUCGGGCGCAAGAUUAUUCUAUUAUUGGUUCAGUCCUUUCCACUCCCUUCAUCACCGCUUUCCUAUGGAGACGAGCUCGACUGAUACAUCUGAUACUUGGUGGAGCAGGCUUAGGAGCCGGUGCAGGGUAUGGUUAUCAUAUCUGGCGUUUCAUCAUGGAAGGAGGUGCUCCACCGGGCACAGCUGUUCCACUUGUACAAACAGGGGUGGAAGAAGCGCACAGCGAUCACUGACAAGGUAUUAUUUGUCGUCGAUCUAGCAUAAAGUUAAAGCAUGGG